AAACCACCAGCAAAAGAGCGAAACGAAAGCAAAGAAGAAGCAAGACAAGCGCAAAGAAAAGUAAAGAAAACCACCUUACCAGCCAGCAACAGCAGCAGCAGCAACCAGAAACAUCACAUAAACAUUAACCGACAAACCAGCCAAGAAACCAAGAUACCAACAAAAUGUACGGCAAAUCAAAGACAUCAGCGGUCCCCUCAGAUGCCCAGGCACGAGAGAAGUUGGCCCUCUACGUCUACGAAUAUCUGCUGCACGUGGGCGCCCAGAAGGCGGCACAAACAUUCCUCUCCGAGAUCCGAUGGGAGAAGAACAUAACGCUCGGCGAGCCGCCAGGAUUCCUGCACACCUGGUGGUGCGUCUUCUGGGAUCUGUACUGUGCGGCGCCCGAGCGUCGGGAUCAGUGCGAUCACAGCUCGGAGGCCAAGGCCUUCCAUGAUUACGGAUUCGUCAGCUCCGGCUAUGGCGUGAAUGGCAUUGGACCCGGCGGACCACACAACGCUGGCGGCCCGGCGCCGAGCCCUCUGGGACAGAUGCCGCCCGGCGGUGAUGGCGGUCCGAUGGGACCCGGCGGACCAAUGGGUCCAAACUUUUUCCCAAAUUCAACAAUGCGGCCGUCGCCGCCAACGCAUGCAUCCAGUCCACAGCCGCCGCCGUCACAGAUGAUGCCCGGCCAGCCGCCGUUCAUGGGCGGACCCCGAUACCCUGGUGGCCCGCGACCCGGCGUGCGUAUGCAGGGAAUGGGUAACGAAUUCAACGGCCCGCCCGGACAGCCCAUGAUGCCGAAUAGUAUGGAUCCGACAAGACCUGGUGGCGGCAUGGGUCCCAUGAAUCCACGCAUGAAUCCGCCACGUGGACCCGGCGGUAUGGGUCCCAUGGGCUAUGGCGGACCCGGCGGAAUGCGUGGCCCGGCACCCGGACCCGGUGGAAUGCCGCCAAUGGGCAUGGGCGGAGCGGGCGGGAGACCGCCGCAAUGGCAGCCCAAUGCGUCUGCCCCACUGAAUGCGUAUUCAUCAUCUUCACCAGGAAAUUACGGACCCGGCCCCGGCUCGAAUGGUCCACCCGGACCAGGAACGCCCAUAAUGCCCUCGCCGCAGGAUAACACGCAAGGUGGUCCAGUCGGCGGACCCGGCGACAGUAUGUAUGCACUUAUGAAGCCUGAAUUCCCCAUGGGCGGUGGCCCUGAUGGCGGAGGCGGUGGUGGCGGGCCCGGCGGCAUGGGUCCAAUGGGUGGUGGCCCCAACUCGAUGGGUCCUGUACUUAAUGGCGGCGGUGGCCCCGACGGCACCGGCCUGGAUGGCAUGAAGAACUCACCAGCCAACGGGGGACCGGGAACGCCACGCGAGGACUCGGGCAGCGGCAUGGGUGACUAUAAUCUCGGCGCGUUUGGCGGCCCCGGCGAGAAUGAUCAAACCGAAUCGGCGGCCAUACUGAAGAUCAAGGAGAGCAUGCACGAGGAGGCCAAGCGGUUCGAGAAAGACACAGAUCAUCCGGACUACUUUAUGCCAUAACAACAUCAUCAACAUCAUCAGCAGCAGCAGCAGCAACUUCAUCAGCAGCAGCAGCAGCAGCAACAACAGCAUCUCAAUACGGUGGCAGCCGCUGUGGCAGCUGUUGUGGCAGCAGCUGCAUCCAAUGGCACGGCGGGCAGCUCAUCGGCGGCAUCCAUAGCAGCAGCAGCCCUUGGGGCGGCAGCCUCCAAUCUGCUCAGCAAUGGCAACAACAAUUUCUAAAAACAAAAACAACACACACAAAAAAAAACAAAAAACAAAACAAGCAUAAAACAAAAGCGGUAGUAAAAAUCCUUGAUACAUAAGCAUAAAGUAAUUAAAAUUAAUACUUGUAUGAGAAAAUAGAGAAACCCUUAAAUAUAAUAGACUAAAACAAAAAAAGCAAAACAACAAUUUGUAAAAUGUAAAACUGUAUAACGAUAAAAAGGAUCAAACGAACACGAACAGACAAGGAUCUGUGCCAGGUUUCCGGCUCCUGUAUAGCCCACUGCACUGCAAAUUUCUACUUGUAUUACACACGCUGUUGAUUUUAGAUAAGUUCGUUUUGUUGUUGUAUUGUAUUUUUAAUAUUAUUUGUCGUAAAUUCAACUUGAAAAUGUUCCCCCCCAAAACAUGCAGGAUGGGAAGCAAUGCAGUGAGGUUAGGGCAGAACGGCGUGGGCAGAUUCGAUGUCUGGCAACGCUGUCAGAGCAGCAGACCGCAAAGGGCACGAGACACCACAGCAACACAACAGAGAAAACCAACCAAGAGUAGAUCAUGAAAGCGAAGAAGCAAAAGCAAAUAUACUUAAAGUAAUGUUAACAAAAAAUAUGCAACAAGUCUAGCAAGUCCUUCUGUUUAGUUCAAGCAAGACACAAACACACACAAUCAAUACCUAAUCUAUUAUGUUUCUGACUAUGCCUAGCCCAUCCAACCACUAUUUAUACCAACUUACUUGCUUAUUAAACUAAAAACCCAUUUAUGAUACCAUAGCAUUAUAUAGAUUUAUAUGUGUGGGUGUAUAUAUAUAUAGAGCAGUGACUACCAUGUAUGUACAUUUUUUAGUUUCGUGUGAUUUAUGUUUUUGCAUAUAUAAUACCAAUAAUAUAUAGAGUAUAUAUAUAAUUGUAGAAAGAAAUCAUUAAUCGCAAAAUGAAUUUUUUGUUAAGCAAGGCGCAACAAAAGAUCAACCGCUUAAGGCAUCAAAUGAAUGAAUGAAAUAUUUAUAACAAUUAUGCAUAAAUUACACACAUAGUUGAGAGUAUAUAUAGCUAGCAUUAUUGGACAUGUAUAUGUGUAGAUUGUAACCACACAAAAACCUUCUUAUAAAAUGCUCCUCCGAUUGAUUUGGCACAAUGGUCAGGGCAGGGCAGGGCACGGGCAACGGUGUCUAGAUCGGCCCCAUUCUUGUCCCAAAUAAUAUUCUUCUAUUUAAUUCUCAUUGUACAAAUUGUAAACUUGGCACUUUGCUGUUCGUCGUAUUUUGUAUUGCUUUUAUUCUGUAUUUCUGUCUCUCGUCUGUUUGUUUGUUCGUUUGUUCACGUUUCGUGCUUCACGUUUUUGUUGUAUUGUUUGUUCUUUCUCUCAUGUGUAUUUAUAUUUUAACCAAACUAAAACGAAAACUGUUAUUUAAGUUCCUUUUAACAGCGAGCAAUACCAUAUAUGCGAUAUAAUAUGAUAUGUAUGACUUUUCCCCCUCAGUUUUUUGGAGAUCGGCAAACAGUUUGCACUCGUUUCGAUUUCGUCACGGCAUUGUGUGCAUUAGGACAGCAUAAGAAACUUACAUAAAUAUAAAUGUAUACCAGAAAGGGAUACAGAUUGUAGCCUAUUGUAUGCACUAAUUUAUUGCAGAAUAGCUACGCGCAUAACUAUAAGAUUUAGCUGUUUAAUAUGCAUAUAUGCAAAUAUAUAUUAUAUAUAUAUAUAUAAAUAUAUUUCUUAAACGGCAGCAAAGGCCACCACAAAUGUAGAAACCU